AAUUCAAAAAUUAACUGUCCAUUGGCGAAGAAGGUUGUGCGUCUCCGCGAAUUUAGCACAUUUCUUUAAAAGUAUUUUACAUUAGUUUUCCGAUCAAAUAAACUCAGUUAAAUCAAAAUGACAUCCACCGAAUUGAAAAUUGGCCUAAACUCCUCAGCUCGCCCAUCGAGCCGUGUCCUUAAGCCACCAGGCGGAGGACACACCAAUAUCUUCUCGGAACCCGAGGUCUCUGUCAAUGGCCCGCGCCCCAAAUACAAUCAACAGAACUCUUCCAAUUUGAAUGCCUGUAUGGGUUCCACUGAUCCCAACAAGAAGGUGGAACAGUUACGCGAUGAGAUCACGGUUCAAAAGGAGGACGAGGCAACCAAGCCACCUCCAGUUAGUCAAGCCAAGGAUACCAAGGCAUCGGCGUCAAAUGGCGAGUCGCGUGGUCGUGUUCCACCCGGCGGAUUUUCGUCGGGAGGCUUUUGGUAGAGACACGAGGUGAAGCAACAGCCAAAUGAAGACAAGCAUUUAAUGACUCAUCCUCAGUCCUCAUCCUAGACCACAGCCAACCAUCCAUUAAACAUACAUUUAUAUAUAUAAAUCGCUUAAUACACAUAAAUACCAAUAAUUAUAGCCUUAUUAUUCAGAUAUAUAAAUAUAUAAUUGCUCUCUUCCCGCUCUUUGUUUCAUGUUUUGUAUUAACGUCUAACGCAAUUGUUUGAAGUUUAAGUGCAUCAUCGAGAUUCCGCCCUAAUUAAAUUAACAACUUUUUACCAUCUACUUACUGUGAGAAAUAAAAACCUAAUUAAUUUAAAAUUUGUACUUAAAAAUGUGUCCCAAAAAGAAACUAAAGUAAACCUUCUGUAAAGUGGGUCAACCUCUAACAUUUGUAUCAAAAUGUGAAUUAUACUCUCGUGUUUUCUAAUGAUGUACUAUGUAUUCGUAUUCUAAAACAAACGACAAAAUAAAUUAAAAACAAAAAAAAAACGUUAAA